AUCCAGAGCAGCUAGCAGCGGGCUCCCACUCUGCAAAAUGGCGAUUCCAAUAUUCAGAGGCUUAUCUGGUCCACUCUAUUAUUCCUUAGAUAGAAGAAUUUCAGUUCCCAAAAAGAGUAGGUUGCUUUCUUCCGCUUCCUCUCAACUCAAUCCACUCCAGUCUGGGUCAGAGGUGUCAUUUCGUGUUGGCACUCACCUCAUUCCACACCCCAGUAAGGUUGAUAGAGGAGGGGAAGAUGCUUUCCUUGUUAGCAGCUAUAAUGGGGGAGUGAUUGCUGUUGCUGAUGGUGUCUCUGGGUGGGCUGAACAGAAUGUGGAUUCUUCAUUAUUUUCUCGGGAAUUGAUGACCAAUGCUUCAUACUUGGUCGAGGAUGAGGAGGUUAACUACGAUCCUCAGAUUCUUAUACAAAAAGCACACACAGCAAUGUCAUCCAUUGGUUCAGCUACUGUAAUCGUUGCCAUGCUGGAGAGAAAUGGAAUUCUGAAGAUUGCUAAUAUUGGGGAUUGUGGACUAAGGAUUAUUCGUGAAGGUCAGAUAAUUUUUUCUUCUUCUCCACAAGAACAUUAUUUUGACUGCCCCUAUCAACUAAGCUCAGAAGCAGUUGGCCAAACAUACCUUGAUGCCAUGGUUACUUGCAUAGAAUUGACUGAGGGAGACACCAUAGUGAUGGGUUCAGAUGGGCUUUUUGACAAUGUAUUCGACCAUGAAAUUGUUUCAAUGAUGGCCAAAUUCAGUGAUGUUGCUGAGACUGCAAAGGCAUUAGCUAACCUAGCACGCAAUCAUUCAAUGGAUUCCAACUUUGAUUCUCCAUAUUCAAUGGAGGCCAGAGCUAAGGGCUUUGAUGUCCCUUUGUGGAAGAAAAUUCUUGGGCUGAAGCUUACAGGUGGAAAGCUGGACGAUAUCACUGUAAUUGUCGGUCAAGUUGUGAGUUCAGGAGACACUUUGAUCUCCUAAACGAGGUCCAGAGAUUGGAGCACCAAAUGAAUAUCAUAAUUUAUUUGCAGAAGAGCUGUUUAUAGUCAUUCUUACAAAACCACUGUGGUAACUGAUAAUAGCUGAUUAUUGGCAUAUUAAAUUAAUAGCGUACAUGUUUCUUCUUUAACUUCUUUCA